AUGCUUCUAGUGAUUCAUUACUACGCUACUCGUUCAGCCUUAUUAUCAACACAACAAGACGUGAAAGAGAUUGUCACACAGAUUAGCGUAUCACUUCUUCGACACUCUGAUAUACUGCCUGCAGAUAAAGUGUUCUAUGAAGCUGGAGUUGACUGUCGCGAUAUAGGAUGGGAUAAUAUGGCAUUCGUCUUUUUAAAUCGUUACCUUGAUCUUGUUGAAGCUAUUGAAGACCCUGAAAGCUCAUCAGAUACUUUAGAUAGUACAGAUUUUCAGGGCACUGAUAUACCUAUGGAAGUUCCUAUUCCUGAACAAGCUUACACAACAAACGAAGAACAUGAAGCAAUCCGUGAAUGGAUAUUAGCUGUUUCAAUGGAUCAAAAACUCGACCAAUCAUUACCAAAAGACGAGAGAGGCGUUUAUGUAGCUACUCUAAACUCGUCGAGUACUGGUCUAUCGGCCUUACCAUGUAUCAUUACCGGUUAUCCUGUUUUACGUGACGGUGUUACUUUCGAACCGUCUAAGAGGACCGCAAUCAAAGCAAACUGGAGCAAAUUUUUGUAUAUAACUAAAGUUAGUCGGACAGUGGAGUGCUCAGAUGUUAAACAGUUUAUUGAACGAUGGUCUGGUACUACACCGAGUGGAAUUUAG